AUGCGCACCAUAAGCACAACUCUCAAGUCCACCAUCCCCCAGGUGGAGGUGGAUUCAGGGGUGGAGUCUGUUCAGCUGGCCUGCAAAACCACACGUCUCCUCCCUGAAGACGCUAAAGUGGAGUGGAUGGACAGUAAUUUUGAAAAGGUCCACGUGUAUAAGAAUGGCUCUUAUCGGCCUGAAGAACAGCACCAGGUUUACAGAGACCGAACAAAGAUGAAUGAAGAUCUGCUGAAAACUGGAGACCUCAGUCUGACCCUGGAGAGACCCACAGAUGGAGAAGCAGGCAAAUACACCUGCACCGUCUACAACAAGGAGAGAAAAAUCCUGCUGAAGAAACAGGUGGAGCUCCAGUUCAGAGUCCCCCAGGUGGAGGUGGAUUCAGAGGUGAAAUCUGUCCAGCUGCCCUGCAAAACUAUAAUUCACCUGCCCAGAGACACGGAGGUGGAGUGGGUCAAAAGCUCCAAGACGGUCCACGUGUAUCAGAACGGCUCAGACUGGUCUGAAGACCAGGACCAGAGUUACAGAGGCCGAACAGAGCUGAGGAGAAACCUGCUGAAAACUGGAGACCUCAGUCUGACCCUGAAAUACCCCACAGACUGGGACACAGACACCUACACCUGCACCGCCUACAACAACAGGAAGAAGAUCCUGAUCAAGAAGGAAGUGGUGCUGAAAGUCAAAGUCCCCCAGGUGGAGGUGGAUUCAGGGGUGGAGUCUGUCCAGCUGCCCUUCAACACCACACUUCACCUGCCUGAAGACACUAAAGUGGAGUGGAUGGACAAAAAGGACAGGAAGGUCCACGUGUAUAAGAACGGCUCUGACCAGCCUGAAGAACAGCACCAGGUUUACAGAGACCGAACGAAGAUGAAUGAAGACCUGCUGAAAACUGGAGACCUCAGUCUGACCCUGAAAUACCCCACAGAUGGAGACAACUGGACCUACACCUGCACCGUCUACAGCAGGGAGGGAAACAUCCUGCUGAAGAAACAAGUGGAGCUGAAAGUCAGAGUCUGUCAGGUGGAGGUGGAGGAGGGGGCGGAGUCUGUCCAGCUGCCCUUCAAAACCACACAAAACCUGCCUGGAGAUGCUGAAGUUGUGUGGUGGCACACUGAUGACAGGAAGGUCCACGUGUAUGAGAACGGCUCUGACCAGCCUGAAGAACAGCACCAGUGUGAGCGGCUGCGGUGA